AUGCGUGGAUCUGAAGACAAAAUGCGACAUGCUGUUUUUCUGACAGAACACUUGCUUUCGAAGCGAACUCGUCCAUCUGCAACGAAGCCCAUUAGCGCAGAAAUGACGCCUUCCGAGGGUAUCUACUUCAAAUGCUCCAACAAAUUCUAUGACGGAAUGCACUUAUACUUUCUCAUUUUGCUGGCCGCAACGGGGUUCAGGCGAAUGGUCAUUUGUCAGAGAGCCUAUUGGGAAAGGUUGGCCCAACAAGCCCUAUUGGACGAGAGUAAGUUUGAAUGGCAGUGA